AUGCUAGCUUAUCCACAAUCUUUACGAGGCAACAUUUCUUUAUCUAGUACAACGAUUGAUUCUGUAGCUAAGUUCUAUUAUGAAGAUGGAAUCAGUCGAGCAUCAUCCAACUCUAAAGACACGAUCAAAAUUAACGGAAAACCAGCAAUAGUUCGGUUUUUGGAAAUGACCAUCUUGGAUGCCUAUCGAAUUUUCAAUGAACGAUUUCCUGGAGUUGUCUCAAGGUCGACUUUCACUGUUGUUCGACCACACGAAGUAAAAAUUGCAACACCACAUGAAACAUGGAUGGAACAAGUACUAUCAGAAAUAUAUGGUGUAAAGUCGUUAUCAGCUGACAACAAGAUCGAUAUGAAAGUCUUGAUUACUCGAAUGGUGUGUACCACUCAGAAAGAAGAGUACUUCAAUGAAGAAUUCGACGACUGUCCAAUAGAAAAUAUCACAGAUGUUCUUACUCAUAACAAUUCUAUGGAUCUAGAUGAAGAAUGCUCAUGGACGUUGUGGAAAAAAGUCGAUAAUAAAUUUGACCUUCAACAGAUGAUCGACUCGGUAGACUCGCUGCUCACUGAAAUUAAAGAAAGAUGGUCCACAUUUUUACUUCACACGUUUUCAAAUCGUGAACAACGGGAAUAUAUCAAAGAUUUACGUAGUCAAUCGACAGACAAGUCGUUCAUUGUAGCACAAAUUGAUUUCUCAAUGAAUUACACAUUGUUACGCCAACGUGAAGUUCAACAAGGGUUUGUCAGUCAACAUCAAGCCACUUUGUUUACGAUCCAUUUGACAAUCGGACAAGGACAAAGAAAUUUAGCGAUUAUCAGUAAUUACUUGGAACAUACAACAGCCUUUGUUUAUUGUGCACAAAAGGUUCUCGCCGAAUUCAUCAAGAAAAAUUUUCCACUGGUGAAAAAGAUCAAUUAUCUUAGUGAUGGAGCAUGUGCGCAUUUUAAGAAUAAUGCCAACAUUCUCAAUUUAAUUCAUCAUAAAACUGACUACGAUUUGGAGGCGGCUUUGACAUUCACAGCUGCCGGUCAUGGAAAAGGAGCUGGGGGUGGCAUUGGCACCGUUAUAAAGACCAUUGCUAGACGUGCUACUCUAUCCAAGAAUAUUCUUCUGUCGACGGCAAAAGAUUUCUUUGAGUUCUCUAAAGCACAGCAGCUUACAAUCGAAGAAAGAUCUAACAAAGAUUGUCCAGGUGUUUACGUCUUCUAUAUUGAAGCCGAGGAGGUUGAAAAGGCAAAGAACAACUUUUUGAAAGCCAGAAGCGAAAAAUUUCGAAAAUCAGGUAAGAAAAAUCAUCUUUUGAAAAUAGCUAAUGAUAGUUCCGAUUUAGGCACAAUACGAGGAAUCCGAAUGAUGCAUGAAUUUCAGCCAACGAGUGACACAACGGUUCAAUAUCGUACAACAUCUAGAUCAACUCACAUCAGGACAUUUACAUUUAAAUAA